CUUAAAAUUCUCGUCUCGGUUUGCAAUUACGUUGAAAAACUUGAAAAGAUUAGCCGUAGGAUAAUGGCGUCGUUGGAAUCGGACGAUUUCCCGAACGAGCCGUGCUGUUGCUGCAGUUACAAUCCCUUCAAAGACACUUCCAAAGAGUCGGAGAUCCAGGACCUCUCGUUCGCCCUGAGGAAGCUCACGAUAAUGAAGUGUCAGAUGAAGAAGUGGCGGAUGGAAAGACUUCAGCUCGAGAGCGAAAAUAGGUCUCUGAAACAAACCCUCCAGACAUUCGGUAUCGAUGUAUGA